AGGAUCUUUUAUUGUUAUGCAUUCCUUCCACGGUGAAAGUCACCCAAUUAUUUUCGUUUAAAAGACUAAAUCCGUAAGCACCGGCGUUAGAUAUGCAAACCUGUCCUUCAUUUCUCUUUUGCUCUCUCUGAGUUUCUCUCCAGAUGUUAUCGUAAAGUUUACGAAACCAAAUUGUGAAAACCGACACAGAGUUUGAAACAAAUUCUUUGUUUUAGAGCAUUAGAAGAAGUAUCUGAUACAGCUCCAACGGUGAGAAUCCUCAACGAAAGUUUCAUUGAGGUUGGAGCUGUGGUUUCCGAUGAGUUAAUAGUGCUGGAUCCAAAUCGAGGAGGUGGUGAUUACAGGACGGAGAAAAUGAGUGAGACCGAGCGGUUUCAACUUGGCACCAUCGGUGCAUUGUCUCUGUCAGUGGUUUCGUCGGUGUCGAUCGUGAUUUGCAACAAGGCACUUAUUAGUACUCUAGGUUUCACUUUUGCUACAACUUUGACUAGCUGGCAUCUUCUAGUCACAUUUUGUUCCCUUCAUUUGGCAUUAUGGAUGAAACUGUUUGAACACAAGCCUUUCGAUGCACGAGCUGUAAUGGGCUUUGGAAUUCUUAAUGGGAUCUCUAUUGGACUCUUGAAUCUUAGCCUGGGUUUCAACUCUGUUGGUUUCUACCAGAUGACAAAGCUGGCUAUCAUUCCUUGUACCGUUCUUUUAGAGACUCUUUUCUUUAGGAAGAAAUUUAGUAGGAAUGUCCAGCUCUCACUUUCCAUCCUCCUCUUGGGUGUUGGAAUUGCAACUGUGACUGAUCUGCAGCUCAAUGCUCUGGGUUCUGUUUUGUCAAUGCUCGCAGUUGUUACUACAUGCGUUGCUCAGAUUAUGACCAACACCAUCCAGAAGAGGUUUAAGGUUUCUUCAACCCAACUUUUGUAUCAGUCUUGCCCCUAUCAAGCCAUGACCUUGUUCAUUGUUGGUCCAUUUCUAGAUGGGCUUCUGACUAAUCAGAAUGUUUUUGCUUUCAAGUAUACACCUCAAGUGUUGGUAUUCAUUGUCCUCUCCUGCCUGAUUUCUGUCUCUGUUAACUUCAGUACAUUUCUUGUAAUUGGAAAGACAUCUCCUGUCACCUAUCAGGUCCUAGGCCAUCUGAAAACAUGCCUAGUUCUGGCUUUUGGUUAUGUUUUACUUCGGGACCCAUUUAGCUGGAGAAACAUUCUUGGGAUCCUGAUUGCUGUUGUUGGAAUGAUACUGUAUUCUUACUGCUGCACUCUCGAGAGUCAGCAAAAAGCCAGUGAAGCAUCUGUACAGUUAUCACAGGCAAAGGAAAACGAGUCUGAUCCUUUAAUUGGUGUGGAAAAUGGAACUGGGAUUGUGAAUGAUGGUGUUGUCCCAACAGCCCCAGUCUGGAGCUCAAACAAAGAUCUUCAUGCAUAAAGGUUUCUCUGAUCUUCAUUAAUCCACACGUGGGACAGAUAAACAGUACUGUUCCAGAAAUGGAGAUGUCAGGAACGAGGGGAUGGUCUUAAUGAAGUUCAUCUACUAAUGGGAGAGUUGUGGUUUAUUUAGAUAACAGGGAAUCAGUAUUAUAAUAGUUAGCAUAGUUGAAAGAAAAAUACAUUUGUUUUGCUUGAAGUUUUGUCUUCCAUUAUUAUAUGAACCAGGUGCACCAACAAGCAAUUUCUCUAGUUGGAUGCAAUGCAGUUAAUUUGUCAGUUGGUAUCAUUGUUCUUGAAUACUGGGUAAAGAAAGAUGAUUUGUUAGGAUUAAUUACUUUCGAUAACAAAAUUAUUAUUUUCUUUGUGAUCUGUGAUGAAAAUGAAGACUUGCAACUUCCCUGAUCAAGUCACUUGUGUCUCAAUUAGAUGAUGUAUUCAU